CUGGCUUGUUGUGGGGAUGUAGGAUUUUUUUUUUUUUUUCAUUCCUCACCCAAUAUAGAGAAAUAGAUUAUAGCCCAUAUAGAGAGAGAUGGCCGGCGGGGGAGGUGCAUCUACACAGGGCUGGAUGGGAAAUAAUGAGGACCCCUGCUCAGAGGAUUUCACCCAGUUCAUACACAGGCUGCAGUUUUUAUUGGCAGCCAAAUAGUCCAUUUUCCAUCUGACAAUCAGCUGUGGCUUUAUCGUCACCUCAGUCACUGGUGAUACACUCACAAUCAUGAUAAAUGACCACAGAAGUGUUCAUCUGGGAAAAUAAUUCAGAACUAUAAAUACAUUAUGUGCUCAUAUUUUGUUUCUUUAUUGUGCCAGUAAAUUGACAUUAAGUAUGGAACUGCUUUAUUAACUUUAGAGUGAAGUUUAUGGCCCAACGGGAGGAAAAAAUGCCUUGAUUUAAUUUCACGGCUCAUUCCCUGAUCAGAUAAACACACGUUCAUGUUUCCUGUGAGAGUUUAGGGCAGCAUUUUAUCAAAGCACACUAACAAUCACUGAGGUAUUGUGAGAAGCCACAUUCAUGGAUCCGCUCCUCUGAGUGUCAUUGUUCGACUUGAUGUAUAUCAGCCCUGAAUGAACUUGCCUUUGGGAAUACAUGUUACUUACACACUGCAUAGCAACAGCACAGCAACAACUGGUGACAGGACUUGGCACGGAUUCAGCAGUGAAAUGUGGCGACGGGGAAGAGCAGUUGCAGCUCUCUGAGCCUCUGAUCCCCUCUCCCCUCCGCUGGUGGUCGAGGACACCCUGUCUCAGCCGAUGGGCCCCGUAUGGAUUUUGUGCCUGAGUUGACAAAGGGCAGGCCGACAGUGUCACACAGAAGUCAGGCUGCCAUGAACCCAUACGGCAGAGCGAGCAGCACAGCAGCCCCCCUGUCUUGCACCAGCUGUGGGGGCUGCUGCUCUCCGCCACCCCCUUGCCUCGUCCCCCCUGGGCCUCCCUCCUCUACUACCUCCUCCUCAUCCAUUCCCCCGAAUAUGACACCUCCCCCGCCGAUGUUUCCCGCUCCAGUUCUGCAGGUGGAGAAUGGCAGCAGCUGGAACUCCUCCACCAUCUCUGACUCGCCGGACUCCCACCCCGGUCACAGAUGUGGGGGCAGCAAUCCCAACCCCUACUGGACAGCAGUGUUUGACUAUGAAGCCACGGCCGAUGAGGAGUUAACCCUGCGGCGGGGGGACCUCCUGGAGGUUCUCUCCAAAGACUCCAAAGUAUCUGGGGAUGAGGGUUGGUGGACAGGUAAGAUCCAGGACAAGGUGGGUAUCUUUCCAAGCAACUACGUCACGAGGGGAGACGCCGCCAGCUACCAGCAGCUGACGGCAGGAGGGCUGGUGGCAGGGGGUGUGGGUGAAUGCCCCUUGGAGAUUGACUUUACUGAACUGCUCCUGGAGGAGGUAAUAGGAGCCGGCGGGUUUGGAAAGGUGUACAAAGGAGUAUGGCGGGCAGAGGAAGUCGCUGUAAAGGCCGCCAGGCAGGAUCCAGAUGAGGAUAUUAGUGUCACAGCGGAGAGCGUGCGGCAGGAGGCCAGGCUGUUCUGGAUGCUCCGGCAUCCCAACAUCAUCGCCCUCCGUGGGGUCUGCCUGCGAGAGCCCAACCUGUGCUUGGUGAUGGAGUAUGCCAGAGGGGGGGCUCUCAACCGAGCCCUCGCUGGGAAGAAGGUCCCUCCGAGAGUUUUGGUGAACUGGGCUGUCCAAAUCGCUACUGGGAUGGACUAUCUACACAACCAGGCGUUCGUUCCCAUCAUCCACAGAGACCUCAAGUCCAGCAAUAUCCUCAUCCUGCAGCCGGUGGAGCGGGACGACCUGGGUGGGAAAACUCUAAAGAUCACGGACUUCGGGCUGGCCAGAGAGUGGCACCAGACCACCAAGAUGAGCGCGGCGGGGACGUACGCCUGGAUGGCCCCAGAGGUCAUCAAACUCUCCCUCUUCUCGAAGAGCAGCGACGUUUGGAGUUUUGGAGUGUUACUCUGGGAGCUGCUGACCGGGGAGGUUCCCUACCGGGAGAUCGACGCUCUGGCCGUAGCUUACGGCGUCGCCAUGAACAAGCUCACGCUCCCCGUCCCUUCCACCUGCCCCGAACCUUUCGCCCAGCUGCUGGCAGAGUGCUGGAGCCCGAACCCUCGCAGCAGACCCUCGUUCACCAGCAUCCUGAGGCGGCUGCUGUCCAUCGAGCAGUCGUCCAUGUUCCAGAUGCCUCUGGAGUCCUUCCACUCCCUGCAGGAAGACUGGAGGCUGGAGAUCCAGCAGAUGUUUGACGAGCUCCGGGCCAAAGAGAAGGAGCUGAGAUCCUGGGAGGAGGCGUUGGCCCGGGCGGCCGAGGAGCAGCGGGAGCAGGAGGAGCAGCUGAGGAGGAGGGAGCAGGAGCUGGCGGAGAGGGAGAUCGACAUCGUGGAGCGCGAGCUCAACAUCAUCAUCCACCAGAUGUACCAGGAGAAGCCCAGCGUGAAGAAGAGGAAGGGCCACUUCAAGAAGAGCAGGCUGCUGAAGCUGGGCAGAGACAGCAACUGCAUCAGCCUGCCCUCUGGCUUUGAGCAUAAGAUCACAGUGCAGGCGUCGCCCAGCGUGGACAAACGGAAGACGCAGGGGAGCGAGAGCACCACCCCGCCUGCCAGCCCGGGGGUCAUCCCCCGCCUCAGAGCCAUCAGACUGACGCCGAGCGACGGCAGCAAGACGUGGGGCCGCAGCGCCGUCUGCAAGAAGGAGGACCUGACGGGCAACAAGAAGAAGGGUCGCACCUGGGGUCCCAGCUCCACCCACCAGAGAGAGAGAGUCGGCGGGGAGGAGAAGCUGAAGUCACUCAGUGAAGGGAGCAAAGUUUGGUCGUCCAGUGCACCGAAUCUGGGAAAGUCCCCCAAGCACGCUCCCAUGACCGCCGGCUUCUCCAGUCUGAAUGAAAUGGAGGAGUGCGGCGAGUUUGAGGAAUCGCCGGGAUCCCAGAUGCCCUCGGAGACCAGCAGCAACGGCGCCACGGAGGACUCGGGGCCUCUGUGGAGCAGCCUGGGGCCCAACACGGCCUCCUCUGUGGGCAGCAUCAGCUCCUGUCAGGGGUCCGCAGGCCUGGGGGUGGGGGUCAGCUACCAGGACUCCAUCCGCCGCUGCAGCCAGAGGAAGAAGAGCGACAUGCUGCUGCUGGGCUGCGCCUCCCUGCUGGCCUCCGUGGCUCUGGGACAGGACCUGCUGCAGCUGGGAAAACUGCAGGUGCUUCAGGACGAGCAGGACCUCAGAGAGGAGCAGCGUAAGAAGAAGGAGGGUCUCUUCCAGCGGACGGGGCGUUUCCGCCGCAGCACCUCUCCGCCGAGCCGGAACCUCUCGCUGUCUUUGUCCAGACAUCACGACUCGGCGCUGCCCUGCUUGGACCCUUCCCCCUCUGUGACGCUCCUCUCCCUGUCCUCUCUGUCCGACUGCAACUCCACCAAGUCCCUGCUCCCCUCCGACCCGGACGAGUACCCCAUGACCCCCGGGGUCAAGACGCCGGCCGCAGCUCCGGCCCCCUCCCUCAACCCGCUGCUGGACCUCCGGGCAGAGAGCUUCAAGAAGGAGCCCAACCAAUCCCUCACGCCCACCCACGUGUCGGCGGCCAUGGCCCUGAACAGGGGCCACAGGCGCACCCCUUCGGACGGGGCCAUCCGACCCCGCGCCCAGACGCUGGGCCACCACAGGACGCCGUCAGACGGGAGCAUGCCCAUGCCUCCUCCGCCGGGGGCGCAGCACAUCACGGCCAACAGAGGUCACGACACUCUGGACAUUCCUCGGCUGCCCGACCCGUCCUCCAUCUUCCCCGUUCCCCACCGGCGUAAAGCCCCGCCUCCGCCGAUCCCGGACCCGAACCCCCACUGCCUCAUCAGCCCCCUGGAGAGGCCCAAGACGCUCGAGUUCGCCCCCCGGCCGCGGCCCACCCCGGCCCGGAUCCGGGCCGACCCCUGGAAGCUGGGCUCUCUGUCGCGGACCCUGAGCUCGUCGCCGGGGAGCAGCUGCGACAGCCCCCUGGGCUCGGGGGACAGCAGCGCCAGCGCGGCGCGGCCCAACCUGAUGGACAUGGACGUGGAGGGCCAGAACUUGGACCACACCGUCCCCCUGUGCGGCCAGCGGCAGCCCCCCGCGCUGUGCGGACAGCAGUACACAUAGUGACAAACAGCAAUGGGACUUUUUCCCCUUUUUUUUUUUCCUUUCAGGCCUUUUUUUUUAAAGCAGUGGGAGUUUGGGCUGCAUAAGAAACGCCUCCUGAUGUCUGAGCCGAGCAAAGUGCACUCACUGAAGUCUGCAAAAACAUCCCGCUUCCUGUCACGCUGUCGGCACUUUUAUUAGAAGCCGUGCUUCUUUACACGUGUCCUUUUCCUGCCCUGAUAAGGUGUGAAACCUCUACAGCAAGCCAUGCCCUGAGAGCGCUCCCUGACCUGCACCUCGCCCGGGGUCCCACAGGCCUUCAACACCCCCGUAGUCUGCUCAUCCAGCUCCCCCCUCCCUGGAACCCGUCUUUCUGACCCAUGACCUGCAAGACUCAUGAUACUCAAAAGCCACUGGAAUACUUCAAAAGAUGCUUUUUUUUAACUUCUCCCUUCUUUCGGUGCAUCUUCUUGUGCUUUUGCCAGUCUGUGCAUUUUCCCCACUUGAAAAACCCCCAUAAAAGCUUGAUUCUACUUUUGUUUUCAGGAGUGCUUCCUGGGUUGAUAAACCGUCUGCAUAGAGAAUCCCUGUUCUUAAUUUGCACAGUUUGUUCAGACGUCUCCCUUCGGAUCUGCCUUCAUCCUCACUCGUGUGUCAUCAUCUCGCUGCAUGGCGUUCGUCGUCCUGUUCACUGAGGCAGGAAGACCGGAAAAAGGAAAAAAAAGCCUUUUUUUUCUCACAGCACAGGGGGGACAGUGCCCUCGGUGUUGCAAAGUCAAAUGCAGAGUUUUAUUUUCUCAGUGCUUGCACCAUCCCUGUUAGCAAAAAAAAAAAAAAAAAAAAGAUUUUCUAUUGGUUUGGUGGCCCGGGUGUGUGUGUGUGUGUGUGUGUGUGUGUGUGUGUGUGUGUGUGUGUGUGUGUGUGUGAGAGAGAGUGUGUAAAUAUCACUGUACAUGUGUGAAUGGCCGUCUGUGUGCCAGUGCUUCUUCAGUGCAUGUCGUUUUACAUGUGAAUGGUUUCAUUGUAGCACUUGAACGGAAUAGGACCACUGGUUGCUCCACAUUUGCUCGUCAUUUUUUUUUUCUUUGUUUUUACAUUUUCUUGGUUUUUCUUGUUGGAAACAUUCCGGUCUGUGAAGUGGAUCCCGGCCUCGCCACUGAAACGGACCUGAUGGGAAACGCUGAAUGCGCUACUUGAUCUCAACUUCAUCUCUUCGAACGUCACACUCUCUCCUCUGACCUGCUGUACUUCGACAUCAGUGGCACUUUAGGAGCUGUGCUGUGCACCUCGCUUGUCUCCGUGCGGACUCGUUGACUCGGCACAAAGUGCUCCACUCACGGCUGACAAAUCUACUUUUCUCCGCAGAGUCGAUUUUGUACAUUGGACGGUUCAUUCUGGCUGCGGACGAUAUUAACUUGACUGUGCAAGUUUUUUUUCUCUAGGUGUGUGUGUGUCUGAGUGAGAGUGUGGAUUCGAGUGUAUGUGUGUAUGUGUGUGUGGUAUUAUUUGUAUGGGAUGAUGACAAUCCCAUCGGUAGAAGACUGAGCCCAAAGUCAUUCUCCUCGUGUGGUUAAGGACACUGAGUAUUUAUUAAAUUUGUUGUUAUUAUUGGAAAGGAUUAAUUAUUAUUAUUACAGCUCUCUUCCUGGAAUAUCUGUAUAUAUUUGUUAAUAUAACAGGAAAAAAAAAA